UACAUAUAUAUAAGUAUGUAUAAUUAUGUAUGUAUAACAUAUAUAAGUAUGUAUUCAACGAAAUUCAUUUAAUUUCUUCACCAAAUACAGGUAAUUUUAGAUAUAACGUAUUCCAUCUAUAAUAACUCACAUUGUUAGAUUAUUUAUUAUUACUAUCUUACUAUUACUUAUUAUUAUUUAUUAUCACUUUAAGAAAAAUAUAUUAAAAUUAAUAGCCGCUAUCUAUUUAACAAAUUAGAAAUAGGGAACCAUACAUAUUUAAUGUGUUUAUUUCAAAGAUAUUUGUAUUUUUAUUACCGUUGUCACUCAUUCGUCCAUUUUAGAGACCCUCUAAUCAGAGACUGGCCAUAAGGGGGCCACUUUUGAUUAGUCUAGAAUUUUCAUCAACUCCCGCUCAUAUUUGAAAUACACUAACCUUACCAUUAACAUUAUUCAGGAAUACAAAUAAAAAUAAACAUUUAAGAGGAACUAAAUAUUAAUGUUCUUUUUAUGUACAAAAUUUUAAAACAAUAUAAGGCGAUUUAAAAAAGGAUAUUAACUUACCCAUCUCUGCUUUUUGAUAUACUAAUUGUGAGCCGCAGAGCUCCGGACUUACAUUUAAGUUGGAAUAGAAAUUAUAUACUAUUUUCUUUUAUAAUAAAAAUCUUGGAUUACGUUUCAAAAAAUGUCUACUCCGAGGAAAUCUUUAUUCGAUAUGAAUCGGCUCGGAAACACUCGGAUCGGAAAGAAUAUUUUGGAACGUAACCUUGAUAUGCAUAAAUAUGUAUAUUUUUUCUCGAUUGUCUUACUUCAAGCGGUACUAUAUAUACAUUUUCUCUGCUUAUCUUUAGUUUUAAUCGAUCUUAAAGCAAAUAACAGAUAUACGAUUAUGUAUCUCAUUUGGUUAACGAUAGCAUCUUUGACGUACACAAACUGUUUUGCUAUCGAUGGUACGCUUGUUAAUGUUAAUAAAUAUUGCAGAGAUAAGGACAGAUUAAUUACAUCCGAGGAGAACGACGAAUAUUUGCUUGUCAGUGCCGAGAAUCAUACGACUAUUAUAUUAGCAUGUCGUUAUUGGUAAGAGAUUCACACGAAAAUAUACGCAAUUGUAAAAAUAAGAUAAUACGCAUAUUAUAUAUGAAUCUGCAAAUGAAUAAUGGUUCUAAUCGUUUAUAUAAAUCAAACCAGAAAUGACCGAAUUUCUUUAAUCUUUCUUUUUUUAAUUAAUUAUUAUUUAAUUAUUAAUGAUGUCUCAAACACACACAUACAUAUAUAUGAAGAAUAUACAUAUUAUUCGAAUCAACGUAUUUCUCGGUCAAUUGUUGGGAAUCCAAAUUUUCAUAGAAGCAACGAUCACGAGGAAUCUCAACCGAAAAUUUGGUACUACCAAGAUCGGUAUCAAAAGAGACCGGAAAAAGAAGUCGAAUUGGAAAUGGAUAAUAACAUUUCGUACAAUAGAAUCUACACGAAGCCAGAUCUUUCUCUGGUCAUUAAAAGCUUUUCAAUCGCCGACGCUGGUAUUUACCGAUGUCACGGUAAAGAGGGACAAGAAAAAGAAAAUAAAUAUAAUUAUAGGAUUGAACUAAUCCUUAAAGAUAUUGGUGGUGAGUUUGUAGAAGAGGGGAACAUAACUGAAUGGGAAAAAUAUCGUGAAACAUACUUGUGGCCUGUCACUACGAGAUUUGCAGUAAAUUAACCAAUUUAGCUGCUUAAAUUAUAAACAAACUAAAUAUAUAAACUAUAUCCUUUCUAUCCUCUUUCUGUCGUAUUAUAUUUGGAAUACAAAGCCAUUUUAUUUAAAUUACAUAACUAUAAUAUAUGCAUCUUGUG